CUCUCCUGAAAGUGCCAAAGUUUAACAACUGUAAAUCAAUAGUGAUCAAUAGUAAAGCAGUUAUUGCUUCUCUUUGAUUUCCUUGUUUUCAUUUCAGAGUCCUGGUUGAUUAUUAGCCAAACAUUACAAAAUAUCACACCAUCAGUGCAGACAGCCUCUCUGAAGCAUAUAAAAGAAAGCAGCCUUUCACCUGUCUCUGCAAGAUUCUUGAUAACAUUUAACGGUGCAGAUCAGCUCCAACUAACAGAUCAACCUCUCAUCCUGCUCCUGUGACAGAGAGACACCAUCAUGCUUUUAUUCCUCUUCUUGUUUGGUCUGGCUCUCGGUGCUGAGACUCCUUCAGGUGACCAUCAAUUGAAGCUACAGCGUGGUAACUGUCCCAUGUUCUGGUACAGCUUCAACGGCCGCUGCUACAAGUAUGUCUCCACACAUUUGACCUGGGCUGAUGCAGAGCUCCACUGUGUGUCAGAGAAGGCCAACCUGGUGUCUAUCCACAGUCUGGAAGAACAGAAGUUCGUCAAAUCCCUGAUUAAGAACUUUGACCAUGCUGAGGGAUUCACUUGGAUCGGACUCAGUGACACCCAGAAGGAAGGAGGAUGGAUGUGGUCUGAUGGAUCUGCAGUGCACUUUGUCUUUUGGAAUUCAGGAGAGCCAAACAACUAUAAAGGACAUGAAGACUGUGUUCACAACAACUAUGGUACUGGUCGAAAAUGGAAUGAUGUCCCAUGUUCUAAAACCUUUCCGUCUGUUUGUGCUUCUCGCAUACUCUGUCCUUAGCAAGUGAUAUGGUUGCUAUGGACAACCUGAUGUAUUUCCAACUGUUGUUCUGUUAAAAUGCAAUGGGCCUCAACAAAAAAGUUACAAAUGUUUAUGAAGAAAAGUCAUUUAUCAAACCUUCAUUUUCACCAGUGUUGGACAUUCAUAAAAGUUUGUCGCUACAGAUAAGACCUGGGCUGAUGCAGAGCUCCACUGUGUGUCAGAGAGGCCAAUCUGGUGUCUAGUCUUC